AUGGAGGUGGCGUUCGGCGGCGACGGCCGCAUGGUGGCAGCACUGGUCAAGGCCGACACCAUUCUUGUGCGCAACCUGUGGCAGAAAGAGAGCGCCAAAACACAUCAGUACAACACGCUGCGAUCGGACAGCGCCCGUCCCUUCACCUGCCUGGCGUGUCACCGGACGGAGCCGGCGGUAGCGGCCGGCGACGCCAGCGGCCGGCUGCUGCUGUGGCGCCGCCUGCUGGCCGACGCGCCACCCGUCCGCUCCGUGCUCCACUGGCACACGCUGCCGCUGCCCAGCGUCAGCUUCUCGCCCGAGGGGACGUACCUGGUGAGUGGCGGAGAGGAGUGCGUGCUGGUGUACUGGCACGGCCAGGACGAGCAGCCCGCCUUCCUGCCGCGUCUUGGUAUGCCCAUCCGCCACGUCACGGUCUCGCCCGACAACCAGCUGGUGGCCACGUCACACGCCGACAACGUGAUCCGGCUGGUGAGCGCCCAGCGCCAGGUGACGCAGCUGAUCCGCGGCCUCAGCUGGGGCGCCAGCGCCGGCCCGGCCACCGGCUUGGUGCUGGAGCCUCGCUGCGGCGCGCUGCUGCUGAACGGCGCCGUCGGCCACCUGCAGCUGUUCUCGCCGCACGACCGGCGCGACCUCUACAGCGUGACGCUCCCGACCGACCACCUCGCCAGCCACACGAGGACCUACGCCGACGAAACAGGCGCUAAGCACAUCCGGAACAGCGACCCAGCGUUCCUAAGCGACGCAGCCUCGCACUGCUGCAUCAGCGACGCAGCCUCGCACUGCUGCAUCAGCGACGCAGCCUCGCACUGCUGCAUCAGCGACGCAGCCUCGCACUGCUGCAUCAGCGACGCAGCCUCGCACUGCUGCAUCAGCGACGCAGCCUCGCACUGCUGCAUCAGCCACGCUAGCGGGGCCGCCGCCGCUGAAUAUCGCCGGAAGGCGGACAUCCGUCUGCGGGGAGGCUGA